UCAGUUUCCCAGAAUCCUUCAAAAGAAGGUGGAGUAACAGGCUGUCAUUGGAUGAAGCCGGCCAUCUACGUAGGACUCAACAACCAGGGCAAUGAAAUAUUUCAGACAGAUGGAUCUGUUGAGAGCCUUGUAGUUCAAACGGGCUCUGAAUGUAAUGGAACCAACCAAGCAUGAAGAAAUCAGUGUCCAAGAUGAAACAAUGGACAAAAUGAAAUUUAAGAAGUGCAGCCAAAUUGCUUUUUACAGACGUCAGAAACUCCUGCAUCCUGGGAAGUCCUUGUAUCGAGCACUCCUGGAUUCAGUCACGUUAUCCAAUGACAAUGUCAAAUUUCAAAUCAUCAAUGAGGAGAAUAAGGUUCCUCUCCUAGUAGAAAUUUAUGAAAUAGAAAGCAACAUUUUCAGAGUUAAAAUUAAUGAAGUGGCUCCUCUCAGAAGAAGAUAUGAAGUGCCUGAUGUUCUCAUAAAAGAACCUACCACUAAGAAGCUCUCUAUAACCCAGAAGGAGACAAACAUUCUGGUACUGACAAGCACGAAUGAGGACCACAAGCUUCACAUCACAGCAAAUCCGUUCCAGAUAGAGCUAGAGUCCAAGGAUGAGACCAUACUGAGCAUGAAUUCCAGUGGCCUGUUGUACUUCGAGCAUCUGCAGCCACCACCCAAAAAUAGCAAAACUGCAGCAGAAAACAAGGAGGAUGGAUCAGCUGGCUCUGCUAAGGAAAAUCAAGAAGAUCUGGGUCUCUGGCAAGAGGAAUUUGGCAGUUUUUUGGACAUCAAAGCCAGUGGUCCUAGUUCUGUAGGUUUGGAUUUUUCUUUGCAUGGAUUUGAACAUAUUUAUGGAAUACCAGAGCAUGCAGAAACACUUCUCCUUAAAAACACCAGUGAUGAUGAUGCCUACCGGCUUUAUAACUUGGAUAUCUACGGGCACGAGAUCCAUGACAAAAUUGGCAUUUAUGGGUCAGUGCCCUUUCUCUUAGCACACAAGCCUAACAGAACUUUGGGGAUCUUCUGGCUGAAUUCCUCAGAAACUCUGGUGGAAAUUAGUACGAAAGCUGUGAUGGAGCAUAUACCAUCCAGAUCCCCUCCAGAAACCACUAAGCAGAGAGUGGUGCCUCAAACUGAUGUGCGCUGGAUGUCAGAAAGUGGAAUAAUUGAUGUUUUUCUGCUGAUGGGACCCACCGCUUUUGAUAUCUUCAAGCAGUAUGCACAGCUGACAGGCACUCAAGCUCUGCCUCCAUUCUUUUCCCUGGGCUACCACCAGUGCCGCUGGAACUAUGAGGAUGAGCAGGAUGUGAAGUCAGUAGAUGCCGGCUUUGAUCAGCAUGACAUUCCCUAUGAUGUUAUGUGGCUAGACAUAGAGCACACAGAGGGUAAAAGAUACUUCACCUGGGACAAGAAAAGAUUCCGAAACCCCAGAAGGAUGCAAGAGUUACUCAGAAAGAACAAACGCAAGCUUGUUGUCAUUAUAGAUCCCCACAUUAAGAUUGAUCCUGCAUACACCAUCUACUCUCAGGGCAAAAGCAAGGACUAUUUCGUGAAAGACAGGAAUGGGAAAGACUUUGAGGGUGUCUGUUGGCCAGGUUCCUCUUGUUACCUGGAUUUUACCAAUCCUGAAGUCCGAGAGUGGUAUGCAGAUCUGUUUGCCUUCCAAACAUAUAAGGGUUCUACUGACAUCCUCUUUGUCUGGAAUGACAUGAAUGAGCCUUCCGUCUUCAAAGGGGCAGAACUAACCAUGCAGAAAGAUGCUGUCCACCAUGGCGGCUGGGAGCACCGGGAAGUUCACAACCUCUAUGGAUUUUACCAGCAAAUGGCAACUGCAGAAGGACUCAUCAAGCGCUCUGGAGGAGAAGAGAGACCUUUUGUCCUCACACGAUCUUUCUUUGCUGGAUCACAGAAGUAUGGAGCAGUAUGGACAGGGGACAACACAGCAGAUUGGAGUUACUUGAAAAUCUCCAUUCCAAUGUUGCUCACACUCAGCAUGGUAGGAAUUUCAUUCUGUGGAGCUGAUGUGGGUGGGUUUAUUGGAAAUCCAGAACCAGAACUACUCGUUCGCUGGUAUCAGGCUGGAGCAUACCAGCCUUUCUUCAGAGGCCAUGCCAGCCUGAACAGCAAACGGCGUGAGCCAUGGCUGUUUGGAGAGAAGAAUACACAGAUCAUCAGGGAAGCCAUCAGAGAGCGGUACAGCCUUCUUCCCUACUUGUAUACACUGUUCUACCGGACACAUGCUGAGGCUGAACCAGUUAUGAGGCCUCUCUGGGUAGAAUUCCCUGAGGAACUAGAAACUUUUGGUGUAGAAGAUGAGUACAUGCUGGGAAAAGCUUUACUGGUGUACCCAGUCACUGAACAAGCAGCCACUGAAGUGGAUGUUUUACUGCCUGGAUCAGAUGAAGUGUGGUAUGAUUUUAGAAGAUUUAUUCCAAUGGAAGGUCCAGGAAAACUGAAGAUCCCAGUAACUUUGGAGAGUAUUCCAGUGUUCCAGCGUGGGGGAAGCAUCAUACUCCUAAAGACUGCAGUAGGAAAAUCCACUGAAUGGAUGACGGAUAUUUCUUAUGAACUUCGUGUUGCCCUGGACUCCAAGGACUCUGCAGUAGGUGAGCUCUAUCUAGAUGAUGGGCAUUCAUUUCAAUACCUCCAUAAGAAGCAGUUCCUGUACAGGAAAUUCACUUUCCAUGAGAAUGUGCUCUCUUCCAGCUGUGCAGAUGGAAAUGGACAGUACAGCACCAAAUGUGGAGUUGAACGAGUACUAAUUCUGGGAGUUAGACAGCAGCCUACAUCUGCGAUCAUCAAUUACCAGGAUGGAAAAAACAAAGACAUUAUUUUCACCUAUGAUGACAAGACCUCCACAUUGACUCUGGAAAAAUUAUUAUUAAAUGUUGGCACUAACUGGGAGAUUUGCCUCAAGUGAGAGGAGGAGCCACAUCUUCAAAGAACUUGAGAAUGUUUAAAGAAGGUGGUAUUGGAGGACUUAAGUUGCUCAUGAGUCAAGCUGUCUUGAAGCAUGCGGCUAACCCAGGCUGAUCUUCUAUAAUAUUUUCUUUUGGAGGGAAAAAACAAACAAAAAUAUUUUAGUUAGAUUUGAAAAUCUCAUCCCAAGUCAGUAAAUGGCAAAACUUACAGCAAAUAAGCCUUGAAAGGGGCUCAUCACUGUCCUGCCCAGGCUGGCUUCACUUUGACAAACAAAGUACAUUUUGUACUGGGUUAAGUUGUGCCCGCGUUUGAAGAAGUAACCUGAAUGAGUGUGAUUACUCUUAUUACAAACAGCCCCCUCCCCCCUCCAACCCUUUUCCAUCUUCCUAGGACAAGGAAAGGCCGUUCAGUCUGUCUAAAGGCCAGCUGCUGCAACAGUGAAUAAAAGAGGAUAAUAUGGGAGAUGGGAAAACACUUUAAAUGUUCACUCCUGGACUUCCAAACAUUUGAAAUGUUAAAAGGUCCACAUUUUUGUACAGAAUGACAUCAGUUUGGGGCAUUAGCUCAACCUCCAGAAAACACUUAAAAUAAUAAUUCUUCUUUCUCUCUCCUGUCCCCAGAUUUUUUUUGUAAAGAGUAAAGAGAGUUUCACUCUGAAGAGUGUGGGUGGUGAAAUGCAGAGAAAAAUGAUCUCCAGCUCUUUCCACACUGAAGAGGAAAUGCCACUAGAGCUGUAUGCUGUGCCCAGUAAUCCCACACAGUGCUGUCAGUCAUUUCCACCUGCUGCUGCUUAUUCUCUGGGGAUUUCUGGGGGUGCCAAAUUUCAGUUAAAUCAUGCUCUGACCAUUACAUUUUGACCUACUGAGUAUGAUUGAUUUAGGCCAACUCAUUCUUUACGGGAAUCAAGUAUUCUCUCCCCUUUAUUUUGUGGAAUUAUAUUUCCUUUCACAUGCACCCUUACAAUCACAUGCUCCUUCUAGCAGAUGUGAUUGGCAAAUUUUCCUCAAAACACUCAAGGGGCAGAAACCUGAAAAUUCCAAUUCUCAGGACAUUUGAGCAAAUCUCUGAUGGGUGACCUCAGAUGAAUCCUUUGCUUCCUUGAGCUAUGUAAGAUGGUGAGCUACUUACCAACCUAGGAGGGGCUGACCUCUCUGCCUCCCUUUCCAACCACCCAAAACUCAGAUCAAACCCUUUUCCUCAAAGCUUAAUUUAUCAUUAAAACAAGCCAAAAAAAUGCCUUGGCAAAAGCAGGUGAGAGCAGCAGAUAGACUUUCCUCAAGAGCUCACAUGAUCCCUCUGGCUCUCUCAGAUUUGAUCACUUCCCAGUUGGGUCUGAUAACUGAACAGGACUGAUAGACCUCACUGAUGUGAAUCUUCCAAAGGGCAUAAAUUACCCAAAUAUUGUCUUUAGUUAUGCCAGUGCAUGUGCAUCAAAGAAGGACAAACUAAGCAGACUAAUAAAAUCAUCUCCCAACUCCAGAAAUGGGGUAAAAAGCAAAUGCCCUCUUCUACUAAGAUCUUUUUCUGCACCUGAUGUCUCUCCUCUUCUGUUGAUUGUCUAUGGUGUAAAUCCACCGAUUGCAAUGGAAUAAAUAUGGAU